AUGGCUGUCCCAAUGGACUCUCCAGUUCCCGAGAAGUCAAACGCAUCAAGCUUUAAGGAUGAAGCCAGCCCACAAGCAAAUAAAAUCAAAACAGAACGGGGUCUCGACACCCAUGCCGAAUAUGCCUCCAACUCCGAUGCCACAAGCGACGAUAAACCUAGAUUACGUACCGGUGGUAAACCCGAGCUAACAGAAGACGACUGCUACGAAAAGCUCGGCUUCUGCUUCCCAGUAUGGAAGAAAUGGAUGAUUCUCAGCGUCAUCUUUGUGGUUCAGAUGUCCAUGAACUUCAACACAGGCGUCUAUGCUAACGCUGUCCCCGGUCUAACCGAAGAAUUCCACAUCAGCGAACAAGCCGCGCGAGUCGGACAGUGCGUGUUUCUAGUUGCAUACGCAUUCGGAUGUGAGCUCUGGGCACCAUGGAGCGAGGAAUUCGGCCGCUGGCCCAUAAUGCAGCUCUCUCUAUUCCUUGUGAACAUCUGGCAAAUUCCUUGCGCCCUCGCACCAAACUACGGCACGAUCGUCGUAUGCCGUAUUCUCGGCGGUCUCAGUUCCGCCGGAGGCUCAGUAACACUCGGCAUGACAGCCGAUAUGUGGGAAGCCGACGACCAAGGCUACGCAGUCGCCUUUGUAGUCCUCUCUUCAGUGGGCGGGUCAACGGUCGGACCAUUCUUCGGCGGUAUGAUCGGCGAAUGGCUCUCAUGGCAAUGGGUAUUCUGGAUCCAACUGAUCGCCGGAGCCGUAACGCAAAUCCUGCACUUCUUCAUCGUACCAGAAACCCGCACGACGAUCCUAAUCGACCGCGAAGCAAAACGCCGUCGCAAGAACGGAGAAGACGUCUGGGGUCCGAACGAACUCAAAACACCACGUCUAGAUCUCCACGACGUACUCCGAAUCUGGAUCCGCCCGUUCGAGAUGUUCCUCCGCGAGCCAAUCGUCCUCUUCCUCUCCCUCCUCUCCGGUUUCUCCGACGCCCUAAUCUUCGUCUUCACCGAGUCCUUCGCUCUAGUGUUUGAACAAUGGUCCUUCAGCACCCUAGCCGUUGGUCUAACCUUCGCCUCAAUCCUCAUCGGCUACGUAAUAGCAUAUAUUAUCUUCCUACCGGAUAUCCACAGACAAAUCCAAACACGACGCAAAUCAGGCCCAGCAAGUCGUCUCGCAGAGCGUCGUCUCCUCCUCCUCCUUUUCAUUGCACCACUCGAACCAAUCGGUCUCCUCGGCUUCGCAUGGACAUCAACAGGUCCACCAAUUCCUUGGAUCGCACCGUGCAUCUUCGCAUGUCUGAUUGCAAUGGCAAACUUCGCAAUCUACAUGGCAACCAUUGACUACAUGGUUGCGGCAUACGGACCAUACUCUGCCUCUGCGACGGGUGGUAAUGGCUUCGCGAGAGACUUCCUCGCUGGUAUUGCGACUAUGUACUCCACCCCCAUGUACCAGAAUAUGGGGGGCAAGUACCAUCUCCAGUGGGCGAGUACCUUGCUAGGCUGUGUGGGGUUCUUGGUCUUGAUCCCUAUUUAUGUGUUCUACUGGAAGGGUCCGGAGAUUAGGGCGAAGAGUAAAUUCGCGCAGCAGCUUGCUGCUGAUCGCGAUAGGAAUACUGAGAGUAGGAGGACUAGUCGGGCGAGGGCUUCGGUUGUGGCUUAG